AUGAUUGAAGAAGACGAACAGACCGUCGCCCUCGAUGACAGCUAUCGGGAGAUUGUUCGAUUUGCCAACCGAGACUUUCAACGCUAUGCCUUGGAAAACGGAGUGUACUUCGCUCCUGUCGACGAUGACGAGAUCGACCGCCUGCAGUACAUGCACGCUAUUUUCAACAUGAUGUUCGACAACCGACUGAUCUUCCCGCCCAUCCCGAACCCUCAAAGAAUUCUCGAUUGCGGUUAUGGAUCAGCAGCCUGGGCAAUAGAUGUAGCUCGGCAGUAUCCGGAGUGUGAGGUCCUCGGUAUCGACAUAUACCCAUACCCGAUCCCAGAGGACUGUCCACCAAACGUGGAUUUUCAGGUCGACGACCUUAACAGCCCGUCUACCUUUCCAUCAAAUUACUUCGACCUUGUGCACAGCAGGAUGAUGGCGGGUGGCAUUCAUGCAAACCAGUGGCCGAACUACAUGAGAGACAUUUACCGCAUUCUUCGUCCUGGAGGCUGGUGUCAGAUGGUUGAGAUAUAUUUCAACGCGCAGUCAGAUAAUGGCACACUUACUGCCGGUAUGCGACUCAAAGGACCUUGGGUCAUCCUCGAGUUUAGCAUCGUUGCUAACGUAACACGAGACCACGCCCUGCGCAGGUGGUCACAGCUCUACCUGAAUAGCAUGCAGCCAGCGAAAGACCCGAGAGCAGCGAUGCAUCUUCAGAAUUGGAUGAUAGAGGCGGGCUUUGAGCAAGUUGAGGCAAGGAUGUUAACGCUACCCCUGAGUGGAUGGCCGACUGAUCCUCGACAACACGACAUCGGCGCGGCCAACCGCCCCAACGUCCACCGGCUUUUGUUGUCUCUCGCCUUAUAUCCAUUUUCGCGAGUGCUAGGCCUGUCGAACACAGACAUCCAGCUGCUUGUUGCGCAAGCUCGCAACGAGGCCGACAAUCCAGCCUUCAAGGUAUGA